AUACUGUCCGUAUCAGUCGAGCAUUAGAUCUCGUGUGAAGUGGUUCCAAAUUUCGGUUACAAUGAGCAGCACCGCCUCCGAAAAUCCAAUCGUCGAAACGCAAUACGGACCAAUCCGAGGAGUCAAAAAGUUGGCCGCUACCAAGGUUGAAUACUUCAGCUUCCAACGUAUUCCGUACGCGAAAACACCCAUUGGGGAGCUUCGGUUUAAGGAUUCUCAACCUCCCACACCAUGGACAGAACCGUUGGAUUGCUCGAUUCAGGGACCCCCUAGCUGGCAGUUCAGCAAACUACAGAACAAAUGCAUCGGCAGUGAAGACAGUUUGCAUGUUAAUGUUUUUACAAAAAAUCUUGAUAAAAACAAUCUUCUGCCGGUGAUGUUGUACAUUCAUGGAGGGGCAUACAUGAGGGGUUCCAGUGGGGUGGAGAUGUACGGGCCCGAUUAUCUGAUACAGAAGGAUGUUGUUUACGUAUCGUUCAACUACCGGAUCGGAGCUCUAGGCUUCAUCUCAUUCGACUCCCCUGAGCUGGAUCUACCGGGCAAUGCCGGGUUGAAAGAUCAACUUCUGGCCAUGCGCUGGGUGGUGGCAAACAUCGCCAAUUUCGGGGGUGAUCCACAGAACAUCACCCUGUUUGGAGAAAGUGCGGGCGGAUGUUCCGUUCACUAUCACAUGGUUUCGAAACAAUCCGAGGGGUUGUUCCAGCGGGCGAUCGUUAUGUCCGGAUGCGUUCUUAACAAUUGGUCCGUGGUUCCAAGGAGGGGGUUUGGUGAACGCUUGGCUAAGUUGCUGGGCUGGAAUGGACAGGGAGGCGAACGAGGGGCUUUGGAAGUUCUGAAGAAGGCCGAUCCAGAGGACAUCGUCAAGCAACAGGCCAAUCUGCUAACAGAGAAUGAAGCCAAGAACGGAAUUUUGUUUCCGUUCGGACCAGUUAUAGAACCUUUUGUCAAAUCAAACUGCUUCAUUCCGAAGAAUCCCAUCGAGAUGUGUCGAGAAGCGUGGAGCAAUCGGCUGGACAUUCUCAUUGGAGGUAACUCCGAAGAAGGUCUGUUUUGUUUGGAUGGAAUCAAGCAAAACCCAUCCAUAAUGACCAGCCUGGAUAACUUCGAAUACCUGGUACCGUUAGAGUUGGAUUUAGUAAGAACUUCCCAGCGCUGCAAGGAACUGGGUAAGCGGCUGAAGACAUUUUACUACGGAACAACUGAGCCUUCGUUCGAGAAUAAGGACGGAUACUUAACGCUUAUGACCGAUAAGCUGUUCUGGCAUGGACUCCACCGAACGCUUUGUUCCAGAGUUAAUUCCAAAACGGAGGCCAAAACUUAUAUUUAUCGGUUCUCGGUGGAUUCCGAAAAAUACAACCACUACAGAAUCUACUUUUGUGAUAAAAAUGUUCGAGGAACGGCCCACGCGGACGAUUUGUCGUACGUUUUUAAAAAUGCAUUCGAUGAUGUCCCACCGAAGGAUUCGUUCGAGUAUCGUGUUAUGUUGAAUAUGAUUGACCUACUAACGACAUUUGCUUCGAAUAAUGGAAACCCUAAUGGAGGUGCCACCAACGAUUGGGAACCUGUUGGGCGCGAAAUAGUUCCGUACAAAUGUUUGAACAUCACCAACGAUGGGCUGGAGUUUAUCGACUUACCCGAACGGGAUCGAAUGCAGUUGUGGGAUUCGUUGUACAGCAAAGAUCAAUUCUUGGGUCUGCGUAGUCACUGCGUUGAGCUGACGAGAAAAAAAAUCCAAACCCAACCUGAUAUAAUAACUGAAGCAGCAAUGAGUGUGCAUAAUAAUAAUCUUACCAUUGAAACACAGUAUGGACCGGUGCGGGGCAUCGAGAAGGAAUCCUUAUUGGGACAGAAAUACCUCAGCUUUCAGGGGAUUCCGUACGCCAAACCUCCCGUCGGUGAACUUCGAUUUAAGGCACCUCUGGAACCGGAACCAUGGACCGAAGUGUUCGACUGCAGCCAACAGUGUCUCCCAUGCUACCACCUGGAUCGCCGCAUCCAGAAGAUCGUCGGGUCCGAAGAUAGUCUUCGCUUGAAUGUGUUCACCAAAGUUAUCGAUACCAAGAACCCACUACCGGUAAUGGUAUACAUCUACGGAGGUGGCUUUAGCGAAGGAACCAGCGGAACCGAACUGUAUGGUCCAGAUUUUCUGGUAACGAGAGACAUAGUUUUGGUCACCAUCAACUAUCGCACCGGAGCGUUGGGAUUUCUUUGCUGUCAAUCGCCGGACGAUGGCAUACCCGGCAAUGCCGGGCUAAAGGAUCAACGAAUGGCGAUAAAGUGGGUGAAGCAGAACAUUGCUGCCUUUGGUGGUGAUGCUAGCAAGAUCACGGUGUUCGGACAUAGUGCAGGAGCUGCCUCGCUUCAUUACCUGCUGAUAUCCGAUGCCUGUAAGGAUCUGUUCCAAAGAGCUAUUGUAAUGUCGGGAAGUAUCUACGGUAGCUGGGCUUUGACACAGCAGCGAAAUUGGGUAGAAAAAUUGGCAAAAGCGUUAGGGUGGGAAGGACAAGGAGGUGAAUCGGAUGCACUGAAAUAUUUACAAACUGCCAAACCGGAAGAUAUCGUUGAGCAUCAGGAGAAGUUGUUGUCUCCUCAGGAUAUGCAGGAUCAUAUUUUUGCCGCCUUUAGUCCCACUAUUGAGUCGUACCAAAGUGAGUGUUGUAUCAUUCCAGAAAAUCCUCUGGAAAUGGCUCGGAAAGCAUGGAGCAAUAAGAUCGAUAUUAUGAUUGGAGGAACAUCCGAAGAGGGUUUGAUGAUGAUGCAAAAGGCCAAACUUCAGCCAGAAGCGCUGGAACAUCCACAUUUGUUUGUUGGAACCGUUCCAGCCCGGUUGAACAUCUCGCUAGAGCAAAGAAUGCUUUUUGCAACACAACUGAAGCAACAAUACUAUCCCGAUAGUGCUCCAUCAUUGGAAAAUUAUGCUGGCUAUGUCAAUAUGAUGACCGACAACGUUUUCUGGCACGCAUUGCAUCGAACUAUUUUGGCUCGGGCGAACUACGCUUCGCAGUCCAGGACCUAUAUCUAUCGUUUCUGCGCUGAUUCCGAAUACUUCAACCACUAUCGGAUUAUGAUGAUUGACCCUAAACUGCGUGGAACAGCUCAUGCUGAUGAGCUGUCGUAUCUGUUCAGCAACAUAACCGGACAAGUUCCUCCGCCGGAUUCGUUCGAGUAUCGGGCACUCCAGACAUUAGUCGAUGUUUUCACGACUUUUGCCAGCAAUGGAAAUCCAAACUGCGAACGGACAAAGGAUGCUACUUGGGAACCACUGAAGCUGGGUAAUCGCAAUUGGAAGUGUUUCAACAUUGCCAACGAUGGGAUAUCGUUCAUAGAUUUUCCUGACUCCAGUAGGAUGGCUCUUUGGGAUUCAUUCUAUGUAAAUGAUGAUUUGUUUUGAACUCAUGUUUUUGAAGAAAUAAUUUUCAUGUUACACAUUGAUCCAAUCUUACGGACUAAAUGAAAAGAUUAUUUAGCAUAUCGUUAUUUUCAAGUUUCUAAGAUGUGAAAAUCAACAGAAAAUAUGGAGGUAAUGCAAUGAUUUCUUUUCUUCGCUAAGAUAAAGAAAAAUAAAAAGUUACAAACCAUAGUUACGGUUC